AUGGAGAUUGCCCGCCGGGAGCCCUUCAGCAUCAUGUCCGGCUCCGGCCGGAAGCGCCCGCGCCCGCUGGAGAUCCUUCGCCAGCGGUUCCAGUCAGAGCUCGCCGCGGUCCGUCGCCUCCUCGACGAGGCGCACGCCGUGCUUCCCGCCUCGUCCCCGUCGGCUCCCCGCGUGCGCGUCCCUCCAGCCGUGGAGCCGCCAGCCAAGAAGAGGAAGGCUUCCCCCCUUCCCGUUCCCGUGAAGAAGAUGACGUCCAAGGAGAGGAACCAGCUCUACGGGGACCUCGCGAAGCUAGCCAAGCUGUCUGAAUCACAUGUACUCCCUGCUCAUAUCUUGGAGCUGCUGAAGAAGCACAGCCGCCGCGGCCUCUGCGGCGAUUACAUCGAGAUCGAGAUGCACGCCGUCCAGGACGCGGCCCUUGUGGAGAUGCAGAAGCAGCUGGACAAAUUCCUUCGAGAGAGGGCGAAUCCGACGACGCAUCAUCAACACAAAAAGAUGAUGGCCCAAGACCAAGAGGAGGACGAAGACGUCGACAUCGUCGGCGGCGUCUCUCCUUUGCCGGUCAGGCCGACACCAGUGCAGCUCGUCGAAGAGGAUGGGGUGUACGUAGACAUCUGCGGCGACGCCUCACCCUCACCGGUGAAGAAUCUUGGCCAAGGUGCAACCAUCAGCGGCAGCAGCGGUUCGGAUUCUGAUUCUUCUCACCAGAGCGUCGACAGUCGUCCAGCUCCGGCAGAGCGCGCCGCCAACACUACGCCUCCAACACGCGACCUGAUCGCCCGUGCCAACGAGAUUCUGGAAAGGCGGCGAAAGGAGGCGACGUCCCGGGCGAGGGAGAAGGCCCGUCAGCAAGUGCUAGAGAUGGAGAGGACGGCAAUGCCGAAGGACACCCUAGACGAGGACGUGAAGGCCCUCGGCAUUGAUCAGCACAACACGGCCAGGCCCAACAACUUGCUGCGACAGAUGGGACUCUUUCUCAAGGUUGACGACCACGACCUGAAGCAGCAGCAUCAAUGCUGUCAAGAAGAUUUAGAGGAAGGGGAGAUUCGGUUGUGA